GUAAAAAUUACUAGAAAAUACCACAGAGGAGUUCUCCUGGGUAUGUACACUCACUGAUUUAAAACAGAAAGUCAAAGAGGAAGAAGGAGGAAAACUUUUCUAAGAUUCAUAGAAACGAGAUUUCUCUAAAUGCACCCAGAGGCAGCCCCAAUCUCCCUGCAAGUAUAUAUUUUUUAUGAAAAAAAAUAACACUUCUUACAUUCACUGAAAAGCUAAACCAUUUAUUAGUUUUUUGUACCCCGCUCAAAAUAAAUAUAUACUAAAAUGAGGGCAGCUUGAUCCAAGCCUGGUUUGUAUUUUUCCCUGCUCCAAAACAAACCCUCGGCAAGAAAGGAAAGAGAGGGCAGCCGUGCAGCCAGCAUUUGUGUAAAGUAAAUCGCUUCCAGAACUUGGCCACAGUUCUAGGAAUGAGGCGGUUUGUGUAAAGAGACGACAGUGAGGGAGCUGCAGGAAGAUCUAAUGAAAGAAAAAUGCAUCAGGAGGAGCGGGAACUGAGGGUGUGUGACUCGGAGGAAUAAGUGAGUGGGGAGGCACGCAGGGCCGGGCUCUCUCGGUUGUGCUCAGCUGGGCCCUGCCGUACUAUGUCUCAAAGUCCUGACUUUCCCACGAAUAAGGAGCCAGGCUCGCUGCAAAGAGACAGCACUUCCCUCUCUGCUUCUCUGAGGGAGCUCAUAAAUAACCCUUUAUUCAGUGAUGUGAAGUUUAUUGUGGGAAAAGAGCGCCGGGUGGUUCAUGCACACCGCUGCAUCCUGGCGUGUCGAUGCAAAGUGUUCAAUGGUAUGUUUAGCCACCAACUCCAGGCAGCUAAGCCAUCUCAUGAACAUCAAGUCCCAUUUGUUUUGGCUGAUAUACACCCUGAUGUCUUCUUGGCAGUAAUGGAAUACCUGUAUACCAACCAUGUUACACUGAACAACAUCAUUGCCCUGGAAGUACUGACCUCAGCUGUGGAAUAUGGUUUAAAUGAUCUAAGAAAGCUGUGCGUUGAAUUCAUCAGCAAGACACUAACAGUGGAGUUAGGCUGUGAAGCAUUGCAGGCUGCAGUCACUUAUGGACAGACUGACUUGAAGCAGAAGUGCUUGGCAUUUAUUGAGAGAUUUACAGAGGAAAUCAUUAAAACGCAGAGUUUCCGUGAGCUCUCAGACCUAGGACUUUUGAGCAUCCUACAAAGUGACCAGCUGUCCAUUGAUGAGGUGCCACUUAUCCAGGCAGUGCGAGAAUGGGCCCAUGUCAAUUCAGUGGUCCUGGAGGUCCCUGUGUCUGUGGUUGCCUUGGAUGUAGUAAAGGGGUUGCGCCUCUUCCUUUUGUCACCAGAAGAUCUGACUACUCUUGAAAAAGAAAAUAUGAAGGAUGAGCUCAUACCGGAGAGCCAAAUUGCUCAAGCUUGGAAAUUCCAUGCCCUAAAAAAGGUCAAUGAAGCCCAGUCUUAUUUGUUCCAGCGACGGAAGGGAACUCUGCCAAGAGAACACCACCACUACCUGGAACCCCCUUCCAAGUGAGGAUGCCAGACUGCAUUUCCUAUGCCUUUAGGACACAAAGAAAUGGAUAUGCACUUAUCCUCAGAGCUUGGGAACAUGACUGAACAAAGAUAUAUAAACCAUGGAAUGAAAGUAAAUGAUACCAUAUAAGUAAAACACCACAGUCCAAGAUUGUUCUUAGAAGGCUGUGGUUUGGCAUGGGUCCUCCAAAAAUCCCCAAAUUGCAUACAAAAAUUGAACUGUUGUACUGAUAUAAUGUAAAACACAGCUUUGCUAUGCCUGUCCAUAAGAGGAAGAUUUUGGUUGUGUUCUAGGUACUGAUGCAAUUGUAUGGGUAUUCACACAAGUAUUCCCAAGUAUUAGGGAGUUUGGUGUCAGACCUGAUGCAUAUUUUUUAUCAUGCACCUCAUAAGGUGCAUAUGAUUAAUUGAUUGCUGGCAAGUUGGGACUACAAUUAUAGAUACACACACACACACACAAUAUAAUUUUGCCUUCCUAUUUCUGGGACAGGGGAAAGGACUGUUGUUA